AAAUGAUUCUCUCUCCACUGAAAUGCAGCCACCCCUGGGGUGGAGGCACUUAAACAACACACAGCAACAUCACACAAGAGUUAGGACAGGCAGUGAAGAGGAGUAUCGUGUCCAAUUGAAACAUCAGGGGGAGUUCUAGUUCUCUGAACAUGUCCCAGAAGGAUCCCUGCCAGAAACAAGCCUGUGAAAUACAGAAAUGCUUGCAAGCGAACAACUACGUGGAGUCUAAGUGUGCAGCUGUGCUUCAGGAGAUGCGGAAGUGCUGCGCCCGGUACCCCAAGGGCCGCUCCAUCUGUUGUUCAGGUUUUGAGAGAGAAGAAAGAGAGAGAGAAAAGCUUAAGACUACUUCAGAAGGAAUUCCUCCACCACCUCAGUAACACAAUGCAGCUCCAGCAGGUGCGAGAGCACGGACUCACCUGCAGAGCCCAUGUGUGUUUUUUUCAAGCCUUCUCUAGACUUUCAGGAAAGCCAGAAGGCUCCUAGAACACACCAUCCCGUGCACCAAAAAGUAUAACGCAGUACCAAGAGAUGGCCUGGUUAACAGACUGUAUUUUCUGUACCAAAACAUCAUCUACAUUGUCUUCGCAUUGCAACUGUGUCUGUGAAAAAUCGGUUUGAUGUUUUUAGAAUGCUCACCUUACUCUAACCCAUCCUUGCUCUCAAAAUGGAGGGCUGGAACCAAGUUACUCUGGCUUCUAGAGUGGGAGGUACAGGAAAUGUGCUCAUAAGAGUGAGUUUAAGCGUGACACAUAAAAAAGUCCAUCUUGACACCGCAGAGGUAUUGCUGCCAUCAUGCAGUAGUUCCAGACAACAUUCACCUGUCCAGUGGUUCAAGCUCAAGAACGGGAAUCAGGUCCGGGGUUCGUUCCUAGGUUUUGCAUAGCUCAUGAGUGACUACACGUCACUUUGCCUAAGUGCCUCACUUUCCCACUGGACAGAGUUUUGAUUACUAUAUUUGAAUUGCCUACACGCUGCUAUUUGCAUGACAAUAAAGAUGUUACAGGAACAUUAUUUCAGGGAUUGCUACAGGAAUAGGAUUUUUUUAAAAAAAGCAAUAUUCAUUUGGGAAAUCUGACUGUUGAUAUAAAAUUUAUAAAUUUCUGUAUAAUUGAAGACCUUUAAGCAAUAUGUUAUAAAUCCAGCGUAAUUCAGUGCGCUGGUACCCAGGGGCCUAUCACAAAGCCCUGGGCUAGAUCCAAGAACCGACUUAGGUGCCACUUACUGAACAAGCAGUUGUAGGCACCCACUUUCGGUACAGCAUUUCAGACUCACACACAAACCGUCUGUGUCUGGACCCCAGGGAGAGAUGGCUUUUCAGAAGCUCUCACCUGUGCAGCAGAAUUUCCUGUGACCUGUAGGAAGAGCUUGGUAGACAGGUUCCUGCAUCACCCUUUAGAGCUGCCUACGUCUCUCCGUCCACUGUAGCAGGAGUCCAGGCACCUCAGUGGGUGCCAAGUCCAGGGCACCCACAUACCAGACUUUGAACCCACUAGGCCACUAACUCUGUCAUUAGAUCUAGCCGUAAGGACUUUUGUGCUGUGAUCAAGUACAAUUAAUUAUGAAAUACAGCUUCUAUAAACAGACCACUGUAGUCUAGGCACAAUAGAUGAGUGUAUUGAAGCCUAGAAGAGCAAACCAUCUGUAUUCACUGCUCUGAAAUACCAUAAUACAAAAUAAAUGACUGGAACAAA